AUGGUCUUGAAACCUCGAAGCAAAAGCCUUGGUAUUCGAUGUGUUCGGAAGUUGCUCCUUCCUAUGCCUUCCAUCCGUUGUCUCAAUCGUUUACGGGACCCAACUCUUUCCGGAAAACACCAUCCCAAAGCAUAUGCACAUGGCGUUCAGCAUCUUCCCUAUUCUUACUAUUGCUCUCCUUCGCAUCAUCAUCUAGUACAGAAUAGAAGCAUACAAGAUGGGGGUGCAAUUGGCACCUACGAUUCAUGGGCGGUGGCCGGGGAACAUCGACAUAAAUUUAGCGCCUUUGAGAAGGGGUUUGUACCGCCUUUGAAUGAGUCCACUUGGCAAAGCACUUCUUGA